ACAUGAGCUGCGUGGGCUAACCCCUUUGCCUUUGGAAUAAACAGAAUAAAAAUAAUAAUUCAAAUUUUAAAUUUGUCUGUUACAUGCCCGCGCUAACCUAUUGUUUGUUUAUAUAAAAUUAAAAUAAUUUCAAUUGUGACUUUUAACUUAGAUUCUAAAUUGUGUUGUUUCAAGUUCUAAUUUUAAUAUAUUGAUAUAAUGUUGUCUUAAACUUUUCAUGCAUACUAAAUGAAUUAUAAACACAAUGAGUCACUUUGAUUUUGCUAUACCUUUGCAAAAAGAUGAAUUACUUGAGGCACAUGCAGGUCAAUAUCAUGUUGAAGAUGUAGUUCAACCACGUCUUCUUUUAUCAAAACUCCAAGAUGCUGCUCGUGCAUACAACUCUGAUGGUGUAAACUAUAUACUGGAACACUUUGACACCUACUUUUCCAUAAUAGUUCAUGGCAAUAAACUUGAAUGGAACAUCAUUAAUAAAGGUUUUGACCAUAUUGUCCGAGCUGCAAAAAACCUUUGCAACCACCUCGAGCUCAUAUUUCAGGACCAAGAAAUUGAUACUGAUGUUCGUAUCAAGAACCUUAAUGUUGUCAAAAUGACGAUGUACCUAUUUACACAAGUAAUGAAGACAAAAGAUACCAAGUUAGCAGCUGAUAACUCAACAAAAUUGACAUUGGGCAAGAAAGGCAAAAAAGCAACUGAUGAUGAGGAAUUUUGUGGAUGGACGGAAUCUGAUAAGCAAGCUGCUCUUAUUACUUUGCAUUUAGUACUCCAACAACCAUUAUCUCGCCUGUGGGACCCACCACUCGCUGAAGACAAUUUUGUCUCAAUGGUAGCAGACCCCUGUUACAAAGCACUAGAGGAGCAAAUAAUAAAAAAUAAAGUAAUAAGAGAAACAGUGUUUCAAGUUCUUGGUGUCCUUAUAAAAAAAUACAACCAUGGAACAUCCUGCCUAAUUAAACUGGUUCAGGUUCUUCAAAUGGCUGAGCAUGCUGUAUCCCCAAUAUGUGCAGGAGUUGUUCAACUGACCAAAGAUUUUGGACUCGGAACUUUUGGACCACAAAUGGUUCGUGAAAUUGCAGAAGCAUUAGCAUCGACAGAUGAAGAAAAUGCAGGUGCUGGCACAGAGCAAGGUGCUGCAAAAAAUUGUGGAGCAUUUUUGCUAGAACUUACAAAAGAGCUUCCUAAAGAAAUGACUGGGGCGAUAGCUACUAUUCAACCCUACUUAGAAAGUGAUGAGUCUUACACACUCCGCAUCAGCGUGUUGGGCAUGAUGUGCGAGGUGCUGAGCGUGGAACUCCGCGGCGAGGGACUGACUGACCAGCAGCGCGCGCAACGUGACGACUUCCUUGAUGACCUCUAUGAACAUAUGCACGACCUGUCCGCAUAUGUUAGACACAAGGUGCUGCAAUUUUGGUGUCGACUGCAGCGUGAAAAUUGCGUGCCAGUGAGUAGGCAACGCACCGUGCUGGAGCGUGCCAUCGGACGAUUGCGGGACAAGGCCGCGCUCGUUAGGAAAGCCGCUAUUCAACUACUCAAAGUCUUUUUAGAAUGUAAUCCUUUUUCGGCUCAACUAAAAUUGGAAAUGCUAGAGGAACAAUUGCAAACUGAAGAAAAAAUAUUGGAUGAACUUCAAAAAAAACUAAAUCCGGGGCCGGACCCUGAUCUUGUCAAAAAGUGGGAAAAAAUAGAAAAAGAUGUAGUAAAGAUAAUAAAAGAAAAAAUGGAUAUUUUAACGCAAGACGAACCAGAGCUUUCACAGGCAUCACUAGAAAAUUUAUAUGAAGCGAUACGUAAAAAUAUCCGUGAAAAGAAUUAUUACAAAGCCUACCUUAUUGUGAAACACACUGAGCGACAAUAUCCAGAUGCAAAACUUUUAAGAUUGGAUAUGGAAAAAAGUGAUCAGAUAGAGUAUUUCAUCGCCUUGCUACGAAAUAUUUUCAUUAUUCCGGAUCGGAGAAAUUCGAUAACACAUACACAGCAAUGUGAGAAUGAAAUAGCGCUAUACAAGAGAAUUGAAGAGAAAGAGAACAUAAUAGCAUUCCUGCAAGAGUCUGUACACUUCAGUCGUAUGGUUUCUGAAGCAGUACCUCUAAUAAAUUCACUACUGAUGUCAAAACAGGCUGGAGAUGUCAGCGAGGCGAUAGACUUCUUCACUACUGCUCACCACUUCAAUAUCGAAUCAGCUAAGACAGGAGUCGUUAAUAUGUUAAUGCUCGUAUGGUCGCCUGAUCAGGACAAGCGCGAGGCGGUGGAGCGGGCGUACCGCGCCAUGUACGUGGAGGGCGAGGAGCGCGCGGAACGGGCACGCGCUGCGGGCGCGGCGCGGCGGCUGGCCGCGCUCGCCGCGCGCCUCGACGCCGGCGCCGCGCUCGCGCUGCACCACCUCGUGCGCCUGUGGCUCCAGCGCACCGACCUCACGCCCGCCGUCAUACAGGUAUUUUGGGAAAUGUUCCUUAAAAAAAUCGACGGAACGACUGACAUGGAGAGUUACGCGGCGCUCUCACUUCUGGUGAUGAUUGCUAAAGCCAAACCAUCGGUCGCGCUCGCGAACCUGGAAGUGAUACAAUCCCACGGUCUCACCGCCGAAUAUGAAUACAGAAACCUUAGCGUGCAACUACUUUUAUCAUUGGCAACGAAGAAUCAGCGAUAUCCCGCAGACCAUUCCAUAUUUACCUCCGUAUACGACAGUCUAAUGGAAGCUUACUUAAAAUUUAAUAGCUUCAUGUCAUUUGCAGCUAAUUCAGUAGACUUUUUUUAUGCUGUGUGUGACACUCCGGAUGUCCUAUGUACAAAGCUAUUAGCAGAAAUGUAUAAAAAAAUAAAGGAAACCACAGUAAAUGAUAAUGACAGCGAAGAAGAGGCCAGCAUGCCCAUAGAGUUACUAAUACGAUUUAUAUUUGUCUUGGGUCAAGUUGCACUGCAGCAGUUAAUAUAUCUCGACAUAAGCGUGUACAGUGAACUUAGAAGAAGGAAUCAGGUGCGGGAGGAACGAAAAAUAGAAGAGAAGAAAAAGAAGAAGGCUGGAACGUUCGCGACACCGGCGCGACGCGGACGGGUUGAUGACCUGCGUCGACAAACGCUUAUGAACGUCAGCGGCGCUAGCGCCUCCUCGCGCGGGCAACGCUCCGCCAGUGUCACCUCCAACAAAGCACCUUCAACUAAUACUACUAUGACGGAAGAUGAUACCGGGUUAGAAGGGGCGGUAGCGGACGACGCGGACGCGGAAUACGUUCGCAACGUGUGCGAGCGAGACAUCGUAGGUGACGGUACAACGCUGGCCCGCUACCUGCCGCUACUGCGCUGGCUACUCUCUAACCCUGCACGCUGCACUCCGCCGCUGCAAGCUGCCGCCGCGCUCACCUUCACUAGAUUCAUGCUAGUUUCAAAUUCCGUAUGCGAAGAAGGAUUGCAACUAAUGGUGACAGUUCUGAAGAGAUCAAAGAACGUAUCUCUGAGGACAAACCUGACCAUCGCUUUUGCCGACCUCACUCUAAGAUUUCCCAAUCUUACACAACCUUGGACACAUCAUAUUUAUCACAUCUUAAGUGACGAAGAGCUAGAAGUAAGACAGUGUGCUGUUAAAAUGCUUUCGUUCCUCGUGCUUCAUGAGAUGGUACGCGUGAAGGGUCAAAUCGCAGAUAUGGCGCUGUGUUGCGCCGACAAAGAUCCACGCGUCGCUAACAUGACGCGACUGUUUUUCAAGCAACUGUCCCAGAAAGGCAAUGCUCUAUACAAUGUGAUGCCUGACAUUAUAUCGAGGUUGAGCGAUCCAGAAUUGAAUGUCCCCGAGGAACAAUAUAGGGUCAUUAUGAAAUACAUAACAUCACUAAUUCAAAAAGAUCGUCAAAUGGAGGCUCUAGUCGAAAAGUUAUGUCAGCGUUUCAAGCUGUCUACUGAAGAACGACAAUGGCGGGACCUCGCAUACUGUCUUUCAUUGUUCAACUACAACGAACGAUCGCUCCGCAAACUCAUAGAAAACUUAGAUUGUUAUAAAGAUAAACUACAUUGCAAUGGAGUCAUGGAAUGUUUUACGACACUCAUGAAUAGUACUUCGAAAAUGGCACGCAACGAGAUAAAGACAUUAGUGACGGAACUAGGGGACAAAAUCGAGGAAUGCUUUGCUGUCCGCGAUGGCGAGGAGGGCGAGGGGGACGCGGCGAGCGCAGCGGCGACGGAGGCGGCCGUCCGCGCUACGCCGCGACGCAGACCCGCGCCGCGCCGCCCCCGCCGACGUUCCUCAAGCAGCCCCGACGAGAAUGAACCACCAAACAAUGAUGCAACUCCCCAGUCAGUGAGAAAAUCGAGCAGAAAGCCCACGAGGACCAGGAAAGCCGUAUCCUAUGAUAGUGAUGAAUCAGAUGAAGAGGAACAGAAAGAAGAAGAUGUUUUUAAAAAACCUGCUAUCAAAAAAGCUACACGAAGAAGAAAACUGUAGGACAUAAGAAUUAACGUACCUGAUAAUGACGAUUAUUGAAUCUUAAUUAUUAAAUAUUUCAACAAUGA